UGGGGGUGCCACUUUGUUUGCGAGCCCAGGCGAUUUUCAGGCAGGAAAAUAAUACAGCAACCAAAUUUGUUCGGUGUGUUUGCAGAGUUGGGGAUUACCAAACUUUUCUUUGUCGAGGACCCCAAAAAUUUUCCAGAGGCUUGGUCCCGGAGAGAGGGAGGGAGUGAGAGAGACCUCAGGCUGAGCGCUCACUUUAAACGCUUUCGUCCCCUGAUAACCUCUUACACAUCGGAGCUACAUUGUUCCUCGUGUUGACGGGGACCCUUCUGGAUCCCCCUCAGCCCCCGAGGUCCCCCGGACACAGGCUUCAGACCCAGCAUCGUGCGGUUAGGUCGGGCUGACUCGAUCUCUCCAACGAUCUUCGCGGAUCCGCCCAGGAAGUGGCCGAGAGAGAGCAGCGAGCGGAGGCGCAGCCGAGUCAGAAGUGCGUCGCUGUCCGCCCACGACUUGUCAGAAAGUUGUGAAGUUAUUAAUUUUGGACACCGACAGUUUGUCCGUUGAGUCGGAUGAGUGCGCUCCCCCCUUAAGGCUGCAGAGAGCCCGCUGCGGACGCUGGCGGUUCGCUUGAUCAGGUUAACAUGGGGAUGAAUGGCGGGGCUUUCUCUGAUUUCGCGUAACGUCUGUGCCCUGCGAGAAAGUAAGGUUUUUAGCCGAGAGGUGUAGCUCAGCCGAAAGGUGGAGAGGAGAAGAAGAAGGGUUUUAUUCGCAAGAGGUGACGGUGUUUUUCUUUUGUCUCUGUCUCACCGCCUCUGGAUCCUGUUAUCAUGACGCCUGACCUCCUGAACUUCAAGAAGGGAUGGAUGUCCAAACUGGACGAGAGUGGAGAGUGGAAGAAGCAUUGGUUUGUUUUGACUGAUGCGGGACUGAAGUACUACAGAGACUCGAGUGCAGAGGAGAAAGAUGACUUGGACGGGGAGAUUGACCUAAAAUCCUGUGUGAAGGUUUCUGAGUUUGAUGUGGAGAAGAAUUAUGGGUUUCAGAUACAGACGCGGGAGGCCGCGUUCACGCUGUCCGCCAUGACAGCUGGGAUCAGGCGGAACUGGAUAGAGGUUUUAAAGAAGAGUGUCCGGCCCAGCAGCUCUCCAGACCUCACACAACUACCUGACAGCAGCAGUGACAAGGAAAACUCCCAUUCUCGCUUGGUGCUGUCUUCCCGUCGGCCGUCAUCGCGUCACACAGACUUUCAGUCAGAAGUUCCGACCACCGCCCCUCCUGCUCAGCGCAGGUUCGACUAUGUCGAGCUAUCGCCUGUUCCCGCCUCGUCCAGCCCUCUCCCGGCCGGUCAGAGAGAAGCGGGCGAGGGGCAGGGCAGGGAGCACAGCCAGUGGCAGGAAGAGAGGACCACGAGCAGCCAGUGGGACGCUGUGCUGUCCAGGAAGGGCACUGGCGUGGGAUCGAACCAGAGGCUGCGCACCGCGGAGGAAAUAGAGAAGAAGUGGGCUGAGAUCGAACGCAUGCCGUUAAAGGAGAUGAGCUCCUUCCCGCCAGCGGGAACGCUGUCUUCCAGCCAGUCAGCCAAUGAGGCGCUGCAGAGGGAGGUGGCGUCACUGAGGCAGCAGCUGGAGCAACUACAAGGAGGGAGAGGAGGAGGAGGAGGAGGAGGGAGAGGUGGAGGAGGCGUGAGGGGCGGCUGCGGCCCUGAGGCCCCCUGCGGCCGCAGCCUGGCAGCCAUGGAGCGCGCUCAUCGGCAGGUGCUGGAGGAGCUGCAGAAGCAGCACGACCGCCAGAUGAAGGAGCUGGAGACCGAGAAGGACCGGCUGCUGCUUGAGGAGACCCAGGACACCGCACGAGUGAUGGAGGCUUUGCAGAAGAAACACAAAGAGGAUCUGGUGAGAGAGGUGGAGAAAGUCAAAAGGCUGAACAGCGGGGUGAUAGAUUCACAGAGUUUGCUGCUCCAACAAGAGACGGAGAGUCAGGCCAUCCAGAGGGAGCUGGCCGGACUGUCUGAGCGCUACUCCCAGAAGUGUCUGGAGCUGAACCGAGCCGAGCAGAACAACGCUGAGCGAGAGAGGGAGAUCAGCCGCAAGGAGAGAGAUAUGGAGCAGCUGAGGAAAGAGAACCAGGACUUAAAGGCCCGUUUGAAGGAGGAGAUCAGUCGAGUACAAUCUACCGUCACAGAUCAGCGCUCAGAGGACAACAAAGACAGGAUGCCCUGUGAACUAGAGGUUCUCCUCAGGGUGAAAGAAAACGAGAUAGAGUACUUACACAAGGAGAUCAGCUGUCUGAGGAACGAACUGCAGUUUCUUAACACGGAGAAACGGCUGGCCUGUGAACGAUACACGGAGAUGCAUGAGGAGCUGAAUGGGAUGAAGGGCCGGAGCGAGCGAGAGAUCCAGAGUCUAAAGGAGCACUUGAGGCUGGCCAUGGCUGCUCUGCAUGAGGGGCAAAAGCUGGGUAACAGCCUGGACCACUGAGAGUCUGCAGGUGGUACCACUGCUCUGGCAGACAGAGUGACAGGUGUGUCCGCACUGUGAUGACUGAAUCAAAGAGCUGUACAGAGAAGCAGAGGAGGUGAUUGUUGGACCAGUACAGAUCCGGCUGUGUGGGGACCAUGAUAGUGCCUUAGUUUUCAAUCAUUCUGCCAAUGAGCAGCAGAGCGUAGCUGUUAGCUGGUUUCAUUACACUGGGCCACACAUGACAUGUAAAACUGCACUUUUUGUUUUUUAGCAUAGCUCUCGCUUGCUUUUAGUGCAAGCAUGUGUGAGUGCGCAUUUGGUCUGAAAACUGGAAUACUUGUUGAGUGACAUGUAUUUUUUUUUUAUCAGGUAAUGUAGAGUUCAUACUGAAUCAGCUGUAUAAUCGUCUCAUUGCCUCUGUGUCUUCUGCCUGAGACACAGUUAACAUAACAGCUACAUAAGAGCUACUGUCAUCUCCGUUUUCUAUUGUACAACUUCGAGUCGUGUUUACUCUGUGAAAAUGGAUCAUGCUUCUUUAGAAAUGAGAGUUCAUCAUAUGCUGUAAUUAUUAUUAUUAUUUUUUACCUGGAGACAAGUGUGCAUAUGUAGUAUUGUGUUUGUGAAAAUGAAAUUCUGAAAAAAUAUAUUGGGAUUAAUACAGGACAAGACAGCAAACUUUUCUUAUUCCUGACAGGCUGAAUUAGAAGUUGAUCUAUGAUUACAAGCAAAUUCAGGCUCAGCUUUCUUUGAGGAUGCUUGCAAAAGCUGUUGAAUGAAUGUUGUCCCGCAUCACAGAUGUGUUUUAUUUUUUAAACCGUGGCUGAGAAGCAGGAACUCUCAAGCUUCCAGUCGCCCCUGGUCAUUAUUGGCAUUCAAGUGCCACGGUCACAGCAAAUGACAGGUGUUGCAUCGAUGAGCCAAUUUUUUUUUUUUUUUUUUUUAUUGACAGCAUGAAUUGUGACAAAAUGACUUAUCUACCUGCCUUUUGAAAAUAUUUUCGUAUUUAAUGUACUGUAGAGCCUGUAUCAUCUUUGUAAAUUAUACACAUUUUUUGCAAUCAGUAAAAUAAGUUCAA